AUGCCACCAUUCUUGAAAAUAUAUGACGGGACUACGGACCCAGAGGAUCACCUAAUCCAUUAUGUUUCUGCGGUAAAGGGCAAUGAUCUGUCAAAAGAACAGGUACCGUUUGUGUUGUUAAAAAAGUUUGGUGAGACUUUGAUGGGGGGAGCAUUGACAUGGUACUCUCAGCUACCAGCGCGAUCGAUAUCGACGUUCGAAGAGAUGGCGGAUAAAUUCGCCACCGCCCAUGUAGGAGCAAAGAAGGCUGAGGCUAGGGUCAAUGAUAUCUUCGCCGUCAGGCAAAUGACGGGCGAGGGACUUCGGGAUUUCCUGGUCCGAUUCAACAAAGUAAGGAUGAGUCUACCGAACGUGUUAGAAGGGAUGGCAGUAGCAGCCUUUCAAAAUGGCUUAAACAGGAAUGGAUCAAGGGCGACCAAAAAAACUGCUCAGCAGACUCAUGAAGUACCCCCCACCACCACCACCAUAUGGGAAGAAAUCCACAACGCCUAUUGCGCCGAGGUAAGGGCAGACGAGUAUGACCUGAACGGGCCGCUUCAGCGAUUAACAUCAGUCCAAACCGAGACAAGGAGAGAUCGACAAAUAGUGUACGCACUAGAGAAACUGGGCACGAAGGUGCAGUGGCCGCAAAAGAUGAAAUCGGAUCCAAACACCAGGAGGUCGAAUGUCCUGUGUGAAUUCCACCAAGAAAGAGGACACAAGAUCGGAGAUUGCAUAGGUCUGCGGCAAGAAGUAGUUAGGAUGUUGAACCAGGGGUACCUGAAAGAACUGCUAAGCGAUAAGGGAAGGGCCAACUUUGCUCGCGGGCGCGAGCCAUCUCAAGGACCUCCAAAGCCACCAUCACCAGUGCGUACCAUACAAAUGAUCAUUGACGGUGGUGAUAAUACGUCAGAUACUGAUGGUUUGUCUUUCCCUUACUAUGAUGCUUUGGUUAUAACUUUGCGCAUCACUAACACCGAUGUAAAAAGAAUCAUGGUGGAUGACGGAAGCGGCGCGUGUAUUGUUCACCCGUGA